AUGAAUGCCUUUCUUUCAGUGAGUAAGACAAAGAGUGGAAGCUCGGGUACAAGGCCUUAUAUGAAUGGCUAUGAGGCAUAUCCUGCCUUCGCCAUGCCAAAUUUACUCUUAAAAGUCAUCAUAUUUCACGAUACAUUAAUCGAAAAUUCACGGCGAGGCAUGCCAAACAUAGUCUCAGGCACUGGACCAGGAGGAGAUCCUGGGGGUGACGACAUUCCAGAAGACCCCCGCCCGACUGAUGCAGUGGAGCAACCGGAGCUGGAAACUCAUGAAGGACUUGUUGAGAAAGGUAAAAAGAAGAAUGAGCUUACAAAAAAUAGAAAGGCUACUUCCCUAACAGCAACUGGUACUUCAAGGACUCGAGACGUCCUUAAACUAGAUAUACCCAAAAGUUUCGCUAGAACGAGAAGGGAUGCAGCUUUAAAAAGCAUGAGAGAGACCUACUAUAAUCAGGGGAGGAUUGAAAAAACAAAGGGAAAGGAUUUGUACCGCGAGAAAUACGAUCUGGCAAAAGCUGUGGGGGAGGCGCGUGGACAACUCGAGAAGGCUGUGAGUGGCCGCAGGCCCCAGAUAGCGGGUAAAGAUCCUAAAGUCAAGAAAUUGAAAAAGGUGAUGGUUGAAGCUCAAAAAAAACUUACAACCAUUAAGGGUGCUAUUCGUUCGACAAACACGUGGCACAACAACCGUAGAUAUUUAACAAACCUGUAUGAGGACACUAUCUACUACCAGAAUUGGACGAAUCGGCGAAAGAGGGAUCGGAAGCUUGAGAAUAGUUAUCCGCUAAAGGAAGACUCGGACGAAAAUGAGCUUCGAAAAAUAUUAAACGCUUAUGAUGAAGGGGUGUUCGGAAGACGAGGGCAUCGCGCAGAGCACAAAGUACCCCCGGAGCAACUGCGUCUCUGGACACCUCACCCUAGACGCCCGCCCACUGGUUUGGGAGUUGAUAGCUGUGAACGCCUAGAACCAUACGAACUUGAGUACGAUGAAGAAAUAAUUGAGAAACGAAGGAAAGAGAUAGAGGAUGUUGAAAUAUCUGAUCUUGAUGGAAAAUGGAAAUCCCAUACCGACCGGAGAGAAAGGCAAGAUGAGCUGCUCAAGACUCCUAUUCCCAUUCACAUUUCCGCAAAUGAAAAAUCCACGGACCAUCCGGAGUCCCAUGAACGCCUCGGGUUAGUUACCUUGGGAGUCAUUUGCUUCUACCCAAAAAAGAAAAGCAUCAUGACGAGUGUGAUACCCCAAGAGCAAAUCAUGAGCAAGGUCAAGAUGAGCACUCCUUGGGCUGAGGCUGCUUCUGGACGACGAGAAUUCCACGUUGAAAACCACCAUAGCCCGUCUUCUCCAAUAUGCUCCACUCCUCACUCUCCUAUCAGGAAUGGUAGCGACAUCCUUGUGGGUCUUACCAAUGACGGCAGCAAAGAUCACAGCAACAGGUGUACUCAGCUCAUGGAUCACUUCAGCCCGCCCGAUCGUGAAUGGCCCCAUUUUGCCCCGCGAAAGGACGGAAGGAACGGAACCAGGGCAUUGUUUGAGCUUUUUGAUGUUGAUACUGCGCCAAUAAAAGAAGGCGACAGGAAGGAGCAGAAGAUCAUGCAGGGCGUGGAAUAUGGAACGUUGAAAAUGCGUACGCCAGAGAGUGUCUCCAUGUUUUGGCAAAGGCAGGCCCUUGGCAAACCUGAUAGGGAGCACGCAAAAGAUCCAAAAGCUAUAGAGUUGAAAUAUCUUUGGGAUAGAUCUCCAGGUGAAUCUGGAGAUGAUGGUAAGAAUAUCGGUAAAGAUAAGAGGUCAGGCGAAGUGCCAAAUGCAGAGGAAGAUGAAGACGACAAAGAUCACUUCACCACGUCGUAUAAGGAAAGCUGUGGAGGUGCAGCCGGUGAGCAUAUUCACACUGACCCGAUUUCCGUUGCUGCUCUUCCAACAACCUAUGACGAUUCGUCUAAACCUGCUUCUUCCGGUUUCCCCUCAGUUCCUACACCAACUCCUAAAUCAAGUAAUCCUGUAUUGUUCCCAAGGAGUGUCCCUCCUCCCCCCGUCAAAAUUUUUUUUCAUACGCUCAGAGGGGUUGAAAACACACCGUUUCAUUUGUUUGAGAACUUGGAAAGAAUUAAAAGAAAGAGAAACCACGAGAGCGAUGCCGGUGAUAAGGGGCGCUCGGCUAAGAGAGUUCUCCAUGAAGUAGAGCUACCGUCAUGA